GUUAAUUAACCCCGGAGGGGGGGGGCGUUAAUCACCCUUCAGCCCCUCACUGCGCAUGCGCCGCUCCCUCAGAGCCGGCGGGGGCGGGUCCGGCGCGCGGCGGAUCCGGCGCACUCUGAUUGGCCGCCGGGCGGUGCCAGCCAUGCCCUCCCCCCGCUGCCGCCGCUGCCCCCUCCCCGCCUCCCUCCGUCGCCCCCGCACGGGCGAAGCCCUUUGCCGCCGCUGCUUCCUGGCCGCCUUCGAAGACGAAGCCCACCUGGCCCUGACGGGGAGGAAGAGGAGGCCGCCGAGCCGGGGGGACGCCGACGAAGGCCAAACCUCUCCCCCCGCCGCCCCGAAACCCGGCGACACUUUAGCCGUGGCGGCGUCGGGGGGCAAAGACUCCGCCGUCCUCGCCCACCUCCUGGCCCGGCUGGAAGCGCGGCACGGCGACGGUUACGGCCUCGUCCUCCUCUCGGUGGACGAAGGCAUCGCCGGGUACCGGGAGGCGGCGCUGGGCGCCGUGCGACGCGCCCGCGGGGCCCUGCCCCUCCUCGUCCUCUCCCACCGCGAGCUCUUCGGCUGGAGCGUGGACGACGUGGCGGAGCGGCUCGGAGCCGCCGGCGGCAGCCGCUGCACUUUCUGCGGCGUUUUGCGCAGGCAGGCCCUGGAGAGGGGGGCCAGGCUGCUGGGGGUCGACUGGAUCGCCACCGGUCACAACGCCGAUGACAUCGCCGAGACCGUCCUGAUGAACUUCCUGCGCGGGGACGUCGCCCGCCUGCGGCGCGCGGCCACGGGGGGCACUGGGGGGGCCCCGGGGGGCACUGGGGCGGUGCCCCGCUGCAAGCCGCUGCGCCACGCGUACGAGAAGGAGAUCGUCCUGUACGCCCGCUUCCGCGGGCUCGACUACGUGACGGCCGAGUGCGUCCACGCCCCCCGCGCCUUCCGCGGCCACGCCCGCGCCCUCCUCAAGGAUUUAGAAGCCACCCGGGCGACGACGGUGGCCGCCCUGGGCCACUCGGGGCGGAGGCUGGCGGUGGGCGCCGAGGUGGCCACCAAGGCGCUGGGGGCGUGCGGGAGGUGCGGCUUCGCCGCCAGCCAGGCGCUGUGCAAGGCCUGCGUCCUGCUGGCCUCGCUGGAGAGGGGGCUACCGCGCCUCGGGCUGGGCAAGCGGGCGGGGCAGCUGGCCGCGGGGGCGGGGCCGCGGGCCGCGGGGGCGGGGGGUGGUCAAGAUGGUGGUCGUUGGGGUUGUAGCUGUGGGGGUGGUGGCCGCAAAGAUGGCGGCCACCAAGACGGUGGCCAUCAAGGUGGUGGCCGCGAAGAUGGUGGCCGCCGGGAUUGUAGUUGUGGGGCUGGUGGCCACCAAGAUGGUGGCCGUGGGGCUGGUGGCCAUUGGGAUGGUGGCCAUCAGGAUUGUAGUUGUAGGGCUGAUGGCCACCAAGAUGGUGGUCGUUGGGAUGGGGGCCACCAAGAUGGUGGCCGUGGGGCUGGUGGCCAUUGGGAUGGUGGCCAUCAGGAUUGUAGUUGUAGGGCUGAUGGCCGUGGGGCUGGUGGCCGCAAAGAUGGUGGCCAUCAAGAUGGUGGGCGUGGGGUUUGUAGCUGUAGGGCUGGUGGCUGUGGGGCUGGUAGCCAAGAUGCUGGUGGCCAUGGGGCCUGUAGCUGUAGGGCUGGUGGCCAUGGGGCCGGUGGCUAUGGGGCUGGUAGCCAAGAUGCUGGUGGCCAUGGGGCCUGUAGCUGUAGGGCCGGUGGCCACAAGGGCACGUGGGGGUCAGAGAGAGGUGGGACUGGUGGGGCAGGGCGCUGUGGGGCGGGUGACCCCGGGAAGGCGGGGCUGGAACGAGGCGGGGGGCGUGGUUACGGUGGGGGGUGGGCGGAGCAAGGGGUGGGCGGGGCCGAGGGGGAGGGGGCGGAGGUGGAGGUGGUGGGCAGAGGGGGUCGGACGGUGCGGCGGCGGGUGGUGGGGCUCGGCCAGGUGCGGGGAGCCCUCAACAUCUGGGACUUCUAGGGGGGCAGCUGGGGGGCACUUGGGGGUCCUGGGUGGCAGUUGAAUGGACUUAGGGGGCAGUUGGGGAUCCUGGGGCACAGUUGAAUGGACUUAGGGGGCAGUUGGGGGUCCUGGGGCACAGUUGAAUGGACUUAGGGGGCAGUUGGGGGUCCUGGGUGGCAGUUGAAUGGACUUAGGGGGCACUUGGGGGUCCUGGGGAGCAGCUGGGGGGCACAUGGGGGUCCUGGGUGCAGUUGAAUGGACGUGGGGGGCAGCCGUGGCUCCCGAGUGACUCUCGGGGGUACCGGGGGGGGGGGCUGAGGGACCCUGGGGCGGAGUGGGCGUGUCUGUUCAGCCUUAUGCAAAUCUUGUGUGCCGCGUGGGCGUGGCCAUGCAAAUGAGAGCCGCUGUAUUAAAGCCAAAUCACACAGGAA